CCUAGAAGUUAGCACCAGCUAUUUGCAGCUAUCUCUGAUGGGCAGAUGUUUGAGUUCGACUUCGAUGACUUGGGCGAAGUGGAGGGUGACAUCAAGGGGAGAACUGCAGGAGCCCUCCGUGGGCGAGGAGCUCCUGGACAGCGGUUACAGAGACUGGAAGGCUUUCUCAUCCAAGAUCGAGGCUGAGGCGCCGCGAGCUCCAGCAAAGAGCAAAGCAACUGCCAAGCCCAAGGCCAAAGCCAAGGUUCAAGAGGAUCUUUUGGGUGCCCUAGCUGCGGAAGAGGAUGCGCGUGCUGCCGAAAUGUUGGCACGGCUAGCUCCUCCGAUGCAUGGAUAUACUCCCAGUCCUGCGGCUCCUACGGCUCCUGCGGCUCCUGCGGCUCCUGCGGCUCCUGCGCUUGCUCCAGUGCAGCCAGUCGCGCAAGCUGCUCCUGAAGUACUCAAGCAGAGUGCGCAGAGGACAUCGAAGCCCGAGAAGUCGGUUCCUAGGCCGCGUGAGGAUAUAGAACGAGUGGAGGAGAAUCCGAGGCCAUUUGAAGACGAAGACAAGGCAUACCGUGCAGCAGCAGAGGCAGCUGCAGAGCGAGCCCUUGAGCGAGAUCGCAACAGCGAUUGGUGGAAGAAGCUCCAGGCCCAAACGAAGCCAUCUCCCGUCGCGCGCUGUGAGCGGCUGCCAAUCCACCGGGAUCCGACCGGCAAGCGGAAGACGUGCCCCUUGCCCACCAGAGGCUUCAAAGUGCUUGUGGAGGCCCAUCCAGUCCGCUCGCAGCCUUGCGCUGGGGGUUUGGUAUGUGGUGGCCGGAAGCAGAAUGAGAUCAUUCGAGCAGUGGAGGAGACCUUCGAUGGUUGGGUCAAGCUGGCUGAAGAAGAUGGAUGGAUGUGUCAGGGCGCUGAAGAGGGGAACAGUGGCAAAAAGUGCUUGGAGGCCUUGGAGAAGCCCCGAGCUGUUGCUGUGGAGACUUUGGCCAAGACACCCGGCCGGCAGAUGGUGGAGGUUGUCGCUGAUGAUGGCGUAGACAUUUUACAGGAGCCAGUGGAAGGUGCUUUAGUUCUCGGCAGGAGGAGCUUUGGUGAAUUCUUGCUGGCAGACUCGCAAACGUAUCAUGGCUGGAUCCGCCUCUCUGAUGACGAGGGCUGGGCGCAGGCCGUGAGUGGCUCCGGCGAACGCAUGCUGAUGGGAAUUCGACCGGAUGAAUUGCAGCUCACCACCACCGACGGAGAGGCUGCACCGGAAGAAGCACAGAAAGAGCAGACGGCUGCCGCCAUGGUUGAGGCCGCGCGAAGAGAAGCGCUGCGGCAACUGGAGUCGGCCGCUCUUUCGGGCAACUCAGCCUUCUUUUGUGCUGCUUUGGAAGUGGCACGACAGCAGGGUGUCUCGAAGAAGGACAUUGCAAAGGCCAAUGCCAUGCGUUCAUGAUGAGCAGGCUUUGUCCAAGAGAUGUGCCUAGCAAGGCAAUUGUUGCAUUCAUUUAUUUGUAGUUCGUUCAGGUAUGUUCAGGUUAAGGAGUCCGCUGCUGCCCAUGUCCAAAAAGUGUGCGGAGUUUGAGAUGCUUUCACUGACAGCCAGAAUCUGACAUGCUUCUGGGCAUGAAGAGUCGAGUCCACGUAGUGGGCAGCACAGACCCUAU